AUGUUUAGCGAUCUAAUUAUAUUACAUGGACAGAAUAGCUCCACGACAGCUUAUAAGAAAAACGUAUGUUCAAGCGAGAAAACAACUCAAGCAGGAGAUGGAAAUAUUUGGCAAAUUGCUACAGCUUCAGAUCAACCUGACAUUCAAACACAACAAAUUCAGCAACAAUGUAACAAUCUUAUGAACGGUGAAACGUUAACGUGCCAAGAAUUACUAGCUUUAGGGGCCAUAAAUGCCGCCCUUUCGACUGGCCAAAUACUCCUAGAUAUAUUUUUCAAUUCAAUUACGAAAGGUAUUAAAAAAGACAGUGAAAACAAUUAUCUUCAGCAUGUUUCAGACGACAACUUUUCCUGCUGUCAAGAUCUCUGGCAAUGCGAAGUUGAAUAUAAAACUGAGAAGCGAACAAAAUUAUAUAUUUAUUGCUGCUUAGUGUUAAAAGGAAUUCUUAAAGCAUUUAAAGUGUUCAGAAAAAAAAUUAAAAAGAUAGUAGUACACAAGUGUUUCCAGGAGGGCAUCCUUGUAGCAAUCUUAAUAAAUACACUUUCGAUGGGUAUUGAACAUCACAACCAGGCGGAGAUAUUGACACAUAUUGUUGAAGUAACUAAUAUUAUAUUUUCUGCCAUAUUUGGCGUUGAGAUGCUGCUAAAAAUUAUUGCAGAAGGUCCUUUUGGUUAUAUAUCUAAUGGAUUUAAUGUAUUUGAUGGGAUUAUUGUAGUUCUAAGUGCUGUAGAGCUAUUCAGAAAUUGCACCAGCGACCUUCACACAGAUUCGGGAUUAUCCGUACUGAGAACUUUCCGACUAUUGAGAAUAUUGAAACUAGUGAGAUUUAUGCCAAAUUUAAGGAGACAGCUAUUUGUUAUGUUAAGAACGAUGGAUAAUGUAGCAAUAUUUUUCUCCCUACUGAUACUCUUCAUUUUUAUUUUUCAGCAUCCUUGGGAUGAAUAUAUUUGGUUGCAAGUUUUGCAAAGACGAAUCGUCGUACAACAAAGAACAAGAAUGUUUAUCAAAUAGCGAUGAGGAGAAAGACAGGAAAAAUUUCGAUUCUCUAUUAUGGUCCCUUGUUACUGUGUUUCAGAUUUUAACACAAGAAGAUUGGAACAUAGUUUUGUCUAAUGGAAUGGCAAAAACUUCAAAUUGGGCUGCACUUUAUUUUGUUGCCUUAAUGACGUUUGGUAACUAUGUGCUGUUUAAUUUGUUAGUUGCUAUCCUUGUCGAGGGAUUUAGUUCAGAAAGAAAUGAGAGAAGGGAACGAGAACAAAGAGAAUUGGCAAAACGGAAAAUGUCGUGCAUCAUUGAAGCCAGUUUGCGCAGAAAUUGUGGAGAUAGUAAUUAUUCCUUAUCCAGUUCCUCAGAAAAUUGUUUUCCGGAAUACAAAAAUUAUUGGAAGCCCGAUGAAGCCAGAAAUGUCAAAAAUUUAAACCAGCACGCAGCCAGUUGCGAUUUUAAGGAUAUUCAUCUAAAUGGAAACUAUCCAUUUCGGUAUAGAGAUCCGAAAUCAAAUAUACAAAAAGAAAGUUUAGCAAGGCUUCCGAUAAAAAGGUCAUCUCCUCCAAUCAUUACUCAUACUGCAGCAACACCACAAGAUUCACCAAGUAUGACACUAAAAGAAUUUUCGGAAUUCCAAUUUCAGAAUUCAAAAUUAUUAGUUCCGCCAAAACUUUCUCCGCCUCCGUCAACGUUUCGACAGUUUAAACAUAGCAGCGUAGACGAUUCGAAUAGAGUAUGUAAAAUAGUGACAUAUAAUGAGAAAAGCGGACCUAAUACAGUGACGUACUCCGAAAAGGUUACUCCAGCUUUUUGCACGGGGAGCACCAAACAUCUAGCCAGUCGAGGUAGUUGGGAAGGUCCUAGAAAAGUUGCUACAAAAUCUAGUUUUAAAAAGAGCAAAAACGUUUCUGAAGUACCAGCGGAAAAUAUACCAUUAAAUAAUGGAAGACAUCAUUCUCAAUGUAGUGGAAAGGGACAGAGUCCAAUCCCAGCACAUUUAAGAAGAAAAAACUACUUUAAGAAAACGUCCAUUCAAGAAAACCAAGUUAGUAAAAAUAGUAAUGUACAUGCAAAGAAGAAUAAUACUAAUACAAUCAAAUUUGUUAACAAAUCCAAUGAGAAAAUACAUCCACAAUUAAGUAUUGACAAAGGCAUCAAAGCAAGAAUAAAGAAAAAGAUAUCCUCGAUAAUCCAGCCAGCUGAUUUUUUGAAGGAUAGGGAGGACUAUUCAUUGUAUUUAUUUUCACCUAAUAAUAAGUUUAGGAAAUAUUGUUGUUGGGUAGUAAAGCAAGCUUGGUUUGAUAACCUGGUACUAAUUUUCAUAGCGCAGAAUUGCAUUACACUUGCAAUGGAAAGACCAAAUAUUCCACCUGACAGCCCCGAAAAGAUAUUUUUACAAUGUUCAAAUUAUAUUUUUUCAAUUGUAUUUGCUACAGAAAUGUUUAUUAAAGUAGUUGCAUCUGGAAUGUGUUACGGACCAAAUGCGUACUUUACUUCUGGAUGGAAUGUGAUGGACGGAUCCUUAGUCAUAAUAUCUGUUGUAGAUAUUAUAAUGUUCUUAAUAAAUGACACAACAUCAAGAAUAUUUGGAAUUUUAAGAGUAUUUCGUCUACUCAGAUCACUCCGCCCAUUGAGAGUAAUAAAUAGAGCUCCAGGUUUAAAAUUGGUUGUACAGACAUUAUUAUCGUCUCUUAGGCCUAUCGGAAAUAUUGUUCUCAUUUGCUGUACCUUUUUUAUUAUAUUUGGAAUACUGGGUGUACAGUUGUUCAAAGGAUCAUUCUACUAUUGCGUGGCUGAAAAUUUGACCGGCAUUGAAACUAAAGAUGACUGCAUAUCAAAAGGAUACAAUUGGAAAAACCAAAAAUAUAAUUUUGAUGACUUAGUUCAGGCUCUGAUGUCCCUAUUCGUCUUAAGUUCCAGAGAUGGCUGGGUGAAUAUUAUGUACACAGGACUUGAUGCGGUAGGAGUUGACAGACAGCCCAAGGUGAAUUAUUCUGAAUGGCGACUGUUAUAUUUUAUAGCAUUUAUACUAUUAGUUGGAUUCUUUGUACUUAACAUGUUUGUUGGAGUAGUUGUAGAAAACUUUCAUAGAUGCAGAGAAGAACAGGAGAAGGAAGAAAAGAUUAGGAAAGCUGCUAAGCGAGCGUUACAGAUGGAAAAACGAAGACGAAAAAUGAAUGAGCUUCCAUAUUACAUUGAUUAUCCUCCCUGGAGAUUGGAGAUUCAUAAAAUAGUAACUUCCAAGUAUUUCGAUCUAGCCAUAGCGUUGGUUAUAGGUUUGAAUGUCAUUACUAUGGCCACAGAACGUUACCAUAUGCCAAAUUAUUGGGAGUACGCUCUUAGAAUUUUUAAUUAUUUCUUUACGGCCGUAUUUAUUUUAGAAAGUACAAUGAAAUUAGUUGCCUUAGGUAUAAAGAUGUACAUCAAAGAUAAAUGGAAUCUCCUUGAUGUUGCCAUUGUGAUAUUAUCUGUAGUAGGAAUUGUAAUUGAAGAGAUAGUGCAAGAUCUGAAGAUAAUACCGAUUAAUCCAACAAUAAUAAGGGUUUUAAGAGUAAUGAGAAUAGCACGAGUUUUAAAGCUAUUAAAAAUGGCAAAAGGUAUAAGAGCUCUUUUAGACACCGUCAUGCAAGCUUUACCACAAGUAGGAAAUUUGGGACUGCUGUUCUUUUUAUUGUUUUUCAUUUUCGCUGCGCUGGGAGUGGAAUUGUUUGGGAGAUUGGACUGCAGCUUUACUCCGUGUCAAGGAUUGGGAGAACACGCACAUUUUCAAAAUUUUGGAAUGGCGUUUCUAACUCUAUUUAGGGUAGCCACUGGAGAUAAUUGGAAUGGAAUCAUGAAAGAUACACUAGAUGAUGAACACUGUGAUCACGGAGAUGACUGUAUUAACAAUUGUUGCAUAUCUCCAAUUAUAGCUCCCAUUUUCUUUGUUAUAUUCGUCCUAAUGGCUCAAUUCGUAUUAGUUAAUGUAGUUGUAGCAGUUCUAAUGAAACAUCUAGAAGAGUCUCACAAACAAUUAGAGGACGAACAUGAUAUGGACGUUCAAUUGGAAAGGGAAUUUGUUGAAAAACAGGAAAGAACUGCAAGAGAGCUAUAUCUCGCCCUUCAAGCUGACCAAGAGUGUCAGUCACAAAAGAAAACCUUAGUUAAAGUAAGAUUUUAG